UACGUCAGAAGACGACGUUUCACAGAAACAUUAAACUCGCCUCUGGUCCAUGUUGGACACGUGGUGUUGUCUUAGUCAACUGCGGAGUCUCAGUUCGAGAGCAGUGCCUCACUAGAGGCAGGCGCUCCCCUGCGUCUUCAUAGAGUUUGUCCGCGCAGCGUCCCUCCUCGCUCUCCGCUUUUGUUCGAGACUAUGGACUACUCUCAGCAAUAUUACGGCGGUGGACAGCCGUACCAGUUCCUUGGGAUCCCACCUCCAACCCCGUCACACUCACAUUCGGCGCCGUCUGAGGAAUUCAACCGACAAUCUCCAACGGACGUCUACGAUCAAUUCCAGAAUUUUGAAAACUAUCCGCAGUUCAAUGGUAAUCACAGUCAAGCGCAGGCUUUCCAACAAAGGCAGAACCCACCCACGCCACCUACGCAACAACUCAAUACACGAAAUCAGAUGCAAGCAGAAAUCUUGCCCGUCGCCAAGCCGGAGUCUGAUCAAAAUGCCCAAACCGGAUCGAACUCGGACGAUGAGGAUAUGACGCCUGCUCAGUCUCGUCGAAAAGCGCAAAAUCGUGCAGCCCAGCGUGCUUUUCGCGAGCGCAAAGAGCGCCACGUCAAGGAGCUCGAGGCCAAGGUCGCUUCUCUUGAAGCGGCUCAGCAACAUACGUCUACAGAAAACGAAAAGCUCAAGCGCGAUCUACAGAAGAUGAGCACCGAAAACGAGAUUUUGAGAGCGACGUCGAACAUGAGGGAGAACGGCUCCAUGAGUCCCGCCAGCAAUCCUCCCACAACGACUGGCCCAAUGCGCUUCAACCCAACAGACUUCUACUCGGAACUGCUGGCUAAUCAUACAAAUAAAACCCCGAGCCAUCGCGUCGUGGAAUCGGAAAGUGGAGAGAAACUCCUUGCAGCUGGAGCGACAUGGGAUAUGAUUAUCAACCACCCAUCGUUCAAAAAAGGGCUUGUGGAUGUGGGAGACGUGAGUGAGCGGCUCAAAUCGCAAGCAAAGUGCGAUGGUCAAGGCCCUGUCUUCGAGGAGUCAGCCAUUCUGCAAGCUAUUGAAGAGAGCGUGGCAAGUGGAAGCGAUGAACUUUUAUAAGUUCUUGUUCACAAUGCCAUACGACUGGCAACCUUGGAGGCAGUUACCGCUAAUUUACCACGUUGUUAUCACGCCAUGACGGUCUUACG